UUUGAAGGCUUUUCGUUUAGUUCUGUGUUCUGUGGUUUAGUUAUUUGUUAUUUUCAGGCCGACAAGAUUCGACAAGUGCAGUUUGAUUUUGGGCAGUUCUCAAAGGCAAAGUUCAUAUUUAUGUUUAUGUGCCACAUUUAGAAAUAAAUCUGGUAAAUAUUGACGCGCCUUAAAUAUGGGGUUAGGAAGUAGUCUAUUGCAGCCUCAAGAGCUGGUAGCAUUUAAAAAGUUACCAUCCUCGGUCCCACUGGAUUCAAUUGAAAUUCCUGAAAAAUCUGAAAACAGGACAAGGACGAAUUUUGGAUGGCUUAUUACGCUUGGAAUUUUUGUGCUCGUGUUCAUACCUUUUAUGGGAUAUACCUUGUAUCAUUCAAAUAUUAAAAGAAUAAUGGUGGGCUACGAUCAGUGUGGUAAUGUUUGUGGCAUGAAAAAUGAAAAAUUUGAUGGAAUUUCUUGCUCCGGAAAAGAUAUGACUAACUUACCAUAUUUACAUUACACUAAUGGCCAUGAUAUCCAUUCUCCUAGAAACUGUGUUGCGGAAUGUCCCAGUGGCACUAAACCGGUCAACGGAGUAUGUGUAAGUUCUACAUCAAAUUCGGAUUCUUCUGUAACUAACGGUGUUUCGAGUAGCCAAAUUCAACCAGAUCUGCCAGUAUAUCUGAACAGUGUGGUAUGGCAAACGAUUAUUUGUGCUUUAUUAUCUAUAUUGGUGUCCAUGGGCAUGUUAUUUUUAUUCCGUCAUGCCACAGCCUGUUUAGUAUGGUCAAUCAUAAUAAUAUGCUAUUCAGCUUUUAUCAUAGCUUCAGUAGCGUUUUGGGUUUUGUCUGCAUCUGCACAAAAUGAACAACAACAAUAUAACUUUAGAUAUGCUGCCAUUGUAUUUACGGUUGCCACAAUCAUUUUGGGUAUAGUAUUUAUAUGGUUUAGGAAAAGAAUCGGCUUAGUUAUACUACUGCUCCAAGAAGCCACUAAAGCAGUAUUUGAUAUGCCUCAGCUAGUUCUGAUUCCUGUUUUUCUGUUUUUUACCCUUGCUCUUUUGACAGCCAUUUUUGUGGUAGUUACAUUAUACGUUUGGUCAGCUGGAGAGUUGGUGCCCUUAAAUAAUGGACAAAAUUAUUAUUACUUUAGACCAUCUAGUAUCGCAAUUUUUACGUUAACCUAUAAUUUCGUUAUUUAUAUAUGGCUUACUCAAUUCUUUAUUGGAAUACAGUAUAUGACUAUUGCUGGAGGAAUUGCAAAGUGGUACUUUACAAGGGAAAAGUCAUAUGUGCAUAGCCCAAUUGCAACAUCAAUAUACAAUUCUUUUAAAUUCCAUUUGGGAACCGUCGCUAUGGGCGCAUGGAUUAUUACAAUGAUGAACAUUAUAAAAACUCUUAUAUUGUCCCUUUGUAAAAAUGCUAUAGUGAGAGCAGUUGUCAGAUCUAUUCUUGAACCUUUAGAAGACCUGAUUAAGUAUUUAUCCAAGAAUGCUUAUAUUAUGACGGCCCUUCAUGGCCAACCUUUUGUGAAAUCCGGCAAGAGAGCAGCGAAAAUUUUGAUCGACAAUCUUGGAAAUGUGAUUGCAAUAAACUACAUUGGUGACUUUGUUCUGGGGAUGGCCAAACUGUUAAUUGUUGUCAUAACGAUUUUAAUCUCUAUGGCUAUAUUUGCUAUAGCUCCGAGUGCCUAUCCUGAUCAAAGUAAUUUAUUUCCCUAUAUUUUUAUUGGUAUAGUGGCCUUGAUUUCUGCUUCAAUCACGUUUGCUGUUUUUGAUACAACGAUUGACUCGCUUUUCAUAUGCUAUUGUGAGGAUCGACUUAUAAAUGACGGCAUGGAAAAACCAUACUACAUGUCCCGAAAUUUAAUGGAGUUUAUCGAAGAUUCUAAGAAAGUUUACGAUAAAACUAAUAAUUAAAAAACAGUUCUUACUACAAGAAGGCAUAUUUCAUUUUGUUUUUUGAAAUGUCGUAUAAUUAAGAUAUGCCAUAUUU